UGGGGUAAGGGUGGGGUGCAGAAGGUUGCUUUAGAAGCCUUUUCUCUUUUCCCCUCUUCACAUGUUCCUUCGGUCAGGGCAGCUGCCCCCCUAUUCUAAGAGCCACCUCCUGCUCCUGUCCCGCCUUCGAGACCAGAGAAAAUAGAUUGUAGGUUACCCCCACCGACUGGAUGUUGCUUUUUAGAAGACUGCCUCGACCAAACCAGGACGGGGAGGCAUUGACAGGGUUCACUUUAGAAAAAGUAGUUGCUCCUCCCAAAGGGCCGCGUAUGUGAUGUAAAAGAUGCUGGGAGUCGGGUGCUAAGAACUAGAAUUAAAUUCCUCUACUUUUCCCAGCGUCACAAAUCUCCUUGCCUGAUUUCUUUUCCCAGGCGGAACACUCCAGGUGGGCCCAUAUUUUCCUUGUCCAUUGCUUUCCGUCCUUUGAUUCUAUCUAAAGGAUUAGGAGACAACGGUUGUUGAGAAACCCGGGUUCUAUAAUGCUGUUGCUACAAAGAGUUGCUGUCUCUGGCCUUCGAGUUUCCAGAUUUGACAGUUAUGCCAGGUUCGUUGUCCCAAAACUGUAUCCCCACGUCUUCUUUACCAGCAAUUCCUCUCAUCUCCAAAGGCGCACACCUCACUUUUCUAAUGGCAGCACUCCUUCUGGAUACUGGGCAGCUGCAGGGGCUCUGCUGGGUGUUGGGGCUAUACUAGCCUAUGGAAACCACAGAGAAAAGGCUGCUGAGGAAUCACUACCUAUGUACACAAAGGCAGAAGUGAACUAUCAUCGAAGUCUUGAGAAGCGGGUUUGGGUAACCCUGGGCAAUGAGGUCUUUGAUGUCACCGAUUUUGUGGCCAUACACCCAGGUGGACCAUCUAAAUUAAUGCUUGCUGCAGGGGGACCGCUAGAGCCUUUCUGGGCUCUCUAUGCAGUACAUAACCAGCCACAUGUUCGUGAACUCCUAGCUCAAUAUAAGAUUGGGGAGCUAAGCCCUGAUGAGGAAAAAUCUUCUGAUAUAGUUUCCACUGACCCUUUUGCCAGUGAUCCCCCAAGACACCCUGCUCUCCAGAUCAACAGCCAGAAACCUUUUAAUGCAGAACCACCCCUUGAGCUCUUGGGUGAGAGCUAUAUCACACCCAAUCCUCUCUUUUUCACCCGAAAUCACCUGCCAGUACCCACCCUAGAUCCUACCACAUAUCACCUGCAAGUGGAAGGGCCCCCAGGAGGUCAGACAUUGAACCUAUCACUAGAUGACCUCCGUCGCUUCCCCAAGCACCAGGUAACAGUCACCCUGCAGUGUGCUGGUAAUCGGCGCAGUGAGAUGGCCCAAAUUAAGUCUGUAAAAGGGUUAAACUGGGGAGCAGGAGCUAUCAGCACAGCCCAAUGGGGUGGUGCUCGGCUCCGAGAUGUUCUAAUUCAAGCUGGUCAUUCACCCUAUGGUCCUGAAGCCCAUGUAUGCUUUGAAGGGCUGGACUUUGAUCCCACAGGGACAGCCUAUGGAGCCUCCAUUCCCCUGGCCCGGGCCAUGGACCCUGAAAGUGAUGUGCUGCUGGCCUAUGAGAUGAAUGGGCAGCCAUUGCCCCCUGACCAUGGUUUCCCAGUGAGGGUGGUGGUGCCUGGUGUUGUGGGUGCCCGCCAUGUCAAGUGGCUGGGGAAAGUGAGCAUCAGCCCUGAGGAAAGCCCUAGUCAUUGGCAACGUCGUGAUUACAAAGGCUUCAGUCCCUCAGUAGACUGGGACACAGUGGACUUUGACUCUGCUCCAGCCAUUCAGGAACUCCCUGUCCAGUCAGUCAUUACAGAGCCCAGGGAAGGGCAAACAAUAGAGCCAGGGGAGGUGACUGUGAAGGGCUAUGCUUGGAGUGGAGGAGGCAGGGCCAUAAUCAGGGUAGAUGUAUCUCUGGAUGGUGGGCUGACCUGGCAAGUGGCAACUCUGGAGGGGGAGGCACAGGCACCAAGGAGAGCUUGGGCAUGGCGGCUGUGGCACCUGACAGCAUCAGUGCCUCCUGGGAAGAAGGGACUGAACAUUAUAUGCAAGGCUGUAGAUGAUGGAUACAAUGUACAACCCGACACUGUGGCCCCUAUCUGGAAUCUUCGAGGUGUACUUAGUAAUGCCUGGCACCGUGUCCAUGUUCAGGUAGUCCCAUAAAAACAAUUGCUGCAGCCUUGACACUCUAUAAACCACCCUUCUCAAUCUUUUAAUUUUCCUAACUAUUUCUUGAAUUCUUCCCUUUUCAAUAGAUAAUCAAAAAUUCUCCUCUGGUUUUCUCUACUUCUCAGACACAAUCUCUAGGGUAGCCCCACUCCUCCCACAUACACAAAUAUAUGUAUCCCCUUACUUUCAAGCAUACACAUUUCCAUCCUGCUUUCCUCCUAACUUCAAGGAUGAAUACUGAUUUUUGCUAUAUUUAUUCCACUGUGAUAUCUACCUCAUACUCAUGUUUCUCCAGACUCUGAGUGAGCUGAAAGCUGUCUGGACAGAAAUAAUGUAAUUAUACCAGCCACCAUCACUUUUCUCUCUCCAGUCUUUUAAUAACCCUGUUGAUUCUGAGGCCUUAUUUUGUCUUCCUUUAUACAUAAUGUAUAUAGAGAGACACUAUUACCUGUUCCCAGGGUGGGAAGAGGAAAAAAAGGGGGAGAGGAAUUGUAAGCCUCUCUCUUUUUAAAUUUUAUCAAUAAAGUAUUAUGUUUAUAUAGGCUUGUUGCCUGGGCAGAAGGGUCAGGAAAGGAAUAGGAAAGGAAAUACAACAUUGGAGGCUGUGUACACCUUAGAAUUGUGUACACUAAAAGAAGGGGUGGCAGCAUGGUCACACUAGUUAACAUAGGAGAUGCCUAACAAAAUUAUACUGUGCUAUAAGAAACAAUGAAUAUUACUAUAAAGAAGCAGGGGAAGAGUUAAUGAUCUAAAGUAAAAUGAAAUAAACCAAAACAAUAUACAUAAUUACAAAACAUAGAUGAAAAAAAAAUCCAAGCCGAAUUCUGUGAAGAUUUGAUCUCAAAGAAGACGCCUCCUGUUCUGCUUUUGGAAGUGGGUGAACUUGGGUGUGGAAUACUGAAUGUAAUGUAUUUUUUUCCUAAUAUUGGUUAGUUCUGCCUUAAUUUUCUUUCCCAUUGUUAAGGGAUGGUUUUCUAGAGGAUGGGGAGGGAUAGUACCUCUUUGUAAAUGUAAAUAAUGUAAAAUCAAAAAAUUUCAAUAAAACUGGUUUUUAAAACUUUCUUAA